UACUAAGUCAAAAUAAAUACCCAAAUUUGUCACUCAGACGGACUCAGAAACACAGAAGAAAAAACAAAAAAUGGAGAAGAUAGAGCACAAGAUGGUAGAUGUAAAUGGCCUACAAAUGCAUGUAGCAGAAUUAGGCCAAGGUCCAAUAAUCCUCUUUAUCCAUGGUUUCCCUGAGCUCUGGUAUUCAUGGCGCCACCAAAUUCUCUACUUAGCUGAACGUGGCUAUCGUGCUGUGGCACCUGACCUAAGGGGUUAUGGAGAUACUACAGGUGCACCCAUUAAUGAUCAUACAAAAUUCAGUAUCUUUCACCUUGUGGGUGAUCUUAUAGCACUUAUUGAAGCCAUAGCUCCAAAUGAAGAUAAGGUGUUUGUUGUGGGUCAUGACUGGGGUGCUAUAAUUGCUUGGCAUUUGUGCCUUUUUAGGCCAGAUAAAGUUAAGGCUUUGGUUAAUUUGAGUGUCCAUUAUUUUCCAACGAACCCACAGAUGAAUACUGUUGAUGGACUUAGGGCUAUAUAUGGUGAUGAUCAUUAUGUCUGGAGAUUUCAGGUACCAGGAGAAAUUGAAGCUGAAUUUGCUCCAAUUGGUGUUAAGUCUGUUCUUAAGAAAUUUCUCAGAUUCCGCGACUCUGCACCAUUUUAUUUUCCUAAAGGCAAAGGCGUUGAGGCUAUCCCUGAUGCUCCAAUUGAGCUUUCAUCUUGGCUGACUGAGGAAGAUUUGGAUUACUAUAGCAGCAAGUUUGAGCAGACUGGCUUCACUGGUGGAGUUAACUAUUACCGAGCUUUUCCCAUAAACUGGGAACUCACAGCACCCUGGACAGGAGCUCAAGUUAAAGUUCCGGCCAAGUUUAUGGUCGGAGAAUUAGACUUGGUUUAUCACAUACCAGGUGCUAAAGAUUACAUACACAAUGGUGAGUUUAAGAAAGAUGUUCCAUUGUUGGAGGAAGUGGUGGUUUUAGAAGGUGCAGCUCACUUUGUUAACCAAGAAAGGCCAGAUGAGAUUAACAAGCAUAUAUUUGACUUCAUUCAAAAGUUUUAAACUUACUCCUUCCCUUUGUAUUUUCUGUUGUAAUAAAAUCUCUUUAAUGUUGCUCUUAUUGCUUGUAAAAUGUGAAACCUUAUUUCAGAGAAGUGACAUUUGGACUCCUUUUAAAUGGAAAAUAAAGGAGGAAUAAUUUAGACUUGA